GCAAACAUGUGCAUCAACAACUAGAGGCCUCGGGACAGGUUAACGUGUGGUCCCAGAGUAGAGAGGCGAAGCAAGGGGUGCCCUGGACCAUGGCAGCCUCCCGCCUGGACUUCGGGGAGGUGGAAACUUUCCUGGAUAGACACCCAGAGUUGUUUGAAGAUUACUUGAUGCGAAAAGGAAAGCAGGAGCUGGUGGACAAGUGGCUACAAAGGCACAGUUCGGGACAGGGGGCUUCAGGCCUCAGGCCUGCCCUGGCUGGCGCUAGCAGCUUGGCUCAGAGCAAUGGCCGAGGCAGCACUGGCAUAGGUGCUGGUGCUGGACCCCAGGGCUCUGCCCACAGCCAUCCUACGCCCGGUAAUGGGGAAAGUGCUGGGGUUCCCGUGAGUCCCAGUUGGGCCAGUGGCAGCCGGGGUGAUGGCAGCCUGCAGCGGAGAGCUUCGCAGAAAGAACUGAGGAAGAGCUUUGCUCGCUCCAAAGCCAUCCAUGUGAACAGGACCUACGACGAACAGGUGACCUCCCGGGCCCAGGAGCCUCUGAGCAGUGUCCGGCGGAGAGCCCUGCUCAGAAAGGCCAGCUCUCUGCCCCCUACCACAGCCCACAUUCUCAGUGCCCUGCUGGAAUCGAGAGUGAAUCUGCCUCAGUAUCCCCCUACGGCCAUCGACUACAAAUGCCACCUCAAAAAGCAUAAUGAACGCCAGUUUUUCCUGGAACUGGUCAAGGACAUCUCCAAUGACCUUGACCUCACCAGCUUAAGCUACAAGAUCCUCAUCUUUGUCUGUCUCAUGGUGGACGCUGACCGCUGUUCUCUCUUCUUAGUGGAAGGGGCAGCUGCUGGCAAGAAGACUUUGGUCUCCAAGUUUUUUGAUGUGCACGCAGGAACCCCACUGCUCCCCUGCAGCAGCACAGAGAACUCAAAUGAGGUGCAGGUCCCCUGGGGCAAAGGCAUCAUUGGCUAUGUCGGGGAACACGGAGAAACUGUCAACAUCCCCGAUGCCUACCAGGACCGAAGAUUCAAUGAUGAAAUUGACAAGCUGACUGGAUACAAGACAAAAUCACUACUGUGCAUGCCUAUCCGGAACAGUGAUGGUGAGAUUAUUGGUGUGGCCCAGGCGAUAAAUAAGGUUCCUGAGGGUGCUCCAUUUACAGAAGAUGACGAAAAAGUUAUGCAGAUGUAUCUUCCGUUCUGUGGGAUCGCCAUAUCUAACGCUCAGCUCUUCGCUGCCUCGAGGAAAGAAUAUGAAAGAAGCAGGGCCUUGCUGGAGGUGGUCAAUGACCUCUUUGAAGAACAGACUGACCUGGAAAAGAUCGUCAAGAAAAUCAUGCAUCGGGCCCAAACUCUGUUGAAAUGUGAACGCUGUUCCGUUUUACUUCUAGAAGACAUUGAAUCACCAGUGGUGAAGUUUACUAAAUCCUUUGAACUGAUGUCCCCAAAGUGCAGUGCAGAUGCUGAGAACAGUUUCAAAGAAAGCGUGGAGAAAUCAUCUUACUCUGACUGGCUGAUAAAUAACAGCAUCGCUGAGCUGGUUGCUUCGACAGGCCUUCCCGUGAAUGUCAGUGAUGCCUACCAGGACCCGCGCUUUGACGCUGAGGCUGACCAGAUAUCUGGUUUCCAUAUAAGAUCUGUUCUCUGUGUCCCUAUUUGGAACAGCAACCACCAAAUAAUUGGGGUCGCUCAAGUGUUGAACAGACUGGAUGGGAAACCUUUUGAUGAUGCAGACCAAAGGCUUUUUGAGGCCUUUGUCAUCUUUUGUGGCCUUGGUAUUAACAACACAAUUAUGUACGAUCAAGUGAAGAAGUCCUGGGCCAAGCAGUCUGUGGCUCUUGAUGUGCUGUCGUACCACGCCACGUGUUCCAAGGCUGAAGUCGACAAGUUUAAGGCAGCCAACAUCCCCCUGGUGUCAGAACUGGCCAUCGAUGACAUCCAUUUCGAUGACUUUUCCCUUGAUGUUGAUGCCAUGAUCACAGCUGCUCUACGGAUGUUCAUGGAGCUGGGGAUGGUGCAGAAAUUUAAAAUCGACUAUGAGACCCUAUGCAGGUGGCUUCUGACAGUAAGGAAAAACUAUCGGAUGGUUCUCUACCACAACUGGAGACACGCCUUCAAUGUGUGCCAACUGAUGUUUGCCAUGCUAACCACUGCUGGGUUUCAAGAGAUUCUGACCGAGGUGGAAAUUUUAGCGGUGAUUGUGGGAUGCCUGUGUCAUGACCUCGACCACAGGGGAACCAACAAUGCCUUCCAAGCUAAGAGCGACUCUGCACUGGCCCAGCUCUAUGGGACCUCGGCGACCUUAGAGCAUCACCAUUUUAAUCAUGCCGUGAUGAUCCUUCAGAGUGAGGGUCACAACAUCUUUGCUAAUUUGUCCUCCAAGGAAUACAGUGACCUCAUGCAGCUCCUGAAGCAGUCAAUAUUAGCCACAGACAUCACGCUGUACUUUGAGAGAAGAACUGAGUUCUUCGAGCUUGUCAGUAAAGGAGACUACGACUGGAGCAUCACAAGCCACCGGGAUGUGUUCCGAUCAAUGUUAAUGACAGCCUGUGACCUUGGAGCCGUGACCAAACCGUGGGAGAUCUCCAGACAGGUGGCUGAACUUGUAACCAGUGAGUUCUUUGAACAAGGAGAUCGGGAGAGGUCAGAACUCAAGCUCACCCCCUCUGCUAUUUUUGACCGGAACCGGAAAGAUGAACUGCCCAGGCUGCAACUGGAGUGGAUUGAUAGCAUCUGCAUGCCUUUGUAUCAGGCCUUGGUGAAGGUCAAUGCAAAACUGAAACCAAUGCUGGAUUCAGUGGCUGCCAACAGAAGGAAGUGGGAAGAGUUGCACCAAAAGAGACUCCAGGUCUCUGCUGCCUCCCCAGUCCCUGCCAGUCUUGUGGUAGCCGGGGAGGAGAGACUGUAAGCCACCCAGAGCCACUGUGCCACCCUGUGGCCCAGAGGGUCCUCUGCAUCCUGAAACACCUGCUUUGGUUGAACCUCAUCAUUCUGUGCAUUCAGCUUGGGCAGCCCUAAAGCCUUGACUAUAUCAGGAAGCACACAAGAAAGUGUGCUUGGCAGCAGAGGAACCGAGGACGAAGGAUGGAGGGGGACAGAGAAUAUGACCCUCAACUUUCUGUCUUGAAUCCAUACUGCUGGAUUUGGAUCCAUGAACCUGAAGGCCAUCAACCCCACUCCUGCUGAGUUGAAAGGACACCCACCAUGGUAAAAGUGUACUGUGGCCGCUUCCUGUAUGGCACUUUUCUGUUCUGAUCACCUCCUUUCUUUGCAGCCUCUCCUGAAGCAGGCUUUCACUCCAGACUGUCCCAAGAAUACAGAUGUUUUUUUUCUGAUCUUACUGCUUUAGUGAUGUGCCAGACCCUUGGUCUCAUUGCCUAGUGGAUAAACUUACUAUCCUUAUUAGCUAACCCCAAUCUUGAUUCCCACGGUAUGUUUGUCUAAUUGGUAUUACACAGGAUCUGUAACUCUGCAGUGAGAUAGAUCAUGGUUCAGUUUUUUAAUUCAGCCUUUGUUGUAAGCAAAGCCUUUUCUAGGAGGAACAGAUUCAUAAUUUUAUUAAAGCAAAGGUGAUAGGGAAUCUAAGGCAGCAUGUACCACGAGUGACAUGUGUGAACACAGGGAUGCUUCCAACAGUGAAAAAUAGUUCACAGGUGCAGAGGAGCCCUGUGACCAAGCAUGGGCUAGCUUGAGGUGAAGGGGAUGAAGGUUUAAAGAUAAAUUUUAAGGAACCAUGAUUUUACAUCCUUACAUGUUAAAAAAAAAAAAAAGAAUAUUCUAGAAAGGCCAGGAAAAACCACCUAUAAAACCUAUAUCUGCUAGGAAGUCGGGCCUAUAGCACAUGAAAAUUAACAGUUUAAAGUAGAUACAGUCACUAGAAAGCUGUUUUGAUGCCCGGUUUACCUGAGACACCAAAGGCAGAGUCUAUCUUAUCCAAAGAACACUGGGAUUGCUAUCUCUCACUUUGCAUCAUUAGCUGAGUUUGGACUAGACUUCUCUGUUUCCCAAAGUGUCAAGUGAGAUUACACUAGGGAUUUAUUUGCAGAAAUCCUAGCAUUAAAAAUCAUUUGUCUAAAUAAACUUUCAAGGAUUCCCCAGGGCACAAGGUAGCUGGAAUCUGAAAUUUUCUGUGUGAAGCAGGUCUUGGACAUCCAGAGCCCAGACAAACAUCUCUUUGUUCACAUACACAGUGCUCCACAAAGGGAUUCAGAGACUCGGAAAAUCCCUGGGGGAUGUAAAACCUGAGAGUCAACCCAGCUCUGAACAAUCGAAAACUUAACAAAACUUUUUUUUUCUCAACUUACAAAACAUUUUUUCUUACUUUUACUGAUCGAUCAGUAUCAGUUUUAACUUUACUCAAAUCCAAAAGAAAUAGGGGCGGAGUUUCAUGGGGCCGUUACCUUCUGGGUAUUCAGGAGAUGUCUGAAGAUGAGGGACAGUUAAAUGAAGGUAACAAGACAGGACAGGAGUGAGCUGAAAAUCAUCCCAGGAAGGCAGCUUUGCAUGGCAAGAAAGAAUAAAAUUAUAAACCAUGCAGAGGGUGAGGCUAGAAAGGAGACUAGAGAGAAGACUGCAGGAGAAAUAAGAGGAGAGGCGAAUGGUUAAGACAAACCGACUAAGGAGAGGUGAAAGUCAAUCCAAACAAAGAAAAAUCAUCGCACUUCCAUAAAAGAAAAAAAAAAGAGGGUGCACAACCAUGUCAUCAAUUGAGCAGGAAAGAGAGACAAUUACACAGGGAGGCGCUUGACAAAGGAGAAAAGAAAGAGGUGGGUGCACCAAGAAACAAUGUUGCUAGGUGCCCUUUAGAGCUAUGUCUGCAGGGAAGACUGGAGAGACUGGAGGGGGAAGUGAGCCCAGAAAAAAAAAAAAAAAAAAAAAAAAAAAAAAAAGCCUCAAAGCCUCCGCAGAGCAGGUAAGAGGAGGCUGUUCAGAUUUAUGGAUUUUAUUAAGCCAGUUUUCUGAAUCACUCUGCUAUAAAGGAAAAUAGCUUCUCCAGAGCUGUCUCCCCUCCUUCAGGUGAGGAACAAAGGAUGGGCGGAGCUAGGAACAGCUAGGUGUGGGGGGGGGGGGUGGGUCGGUAGCACAAUGUCUGCAAGAUCAUUGUGUCUGCAGCCCAGGUGCUUUUGGGUACUGCACCCCAUCACCUCAUCACGUUUAUAUCGAAGAUGGGAAUAGAGAAUCAAUUCAUGAGGCUGCGGUGAGCCCACAUCUGUUACUCUUCCAAACAAACAAACAAUAAAUAAAUAAAUAGCCAGAAAAAGCAGAUGCCAGUCCAUCUACAGCAAAACAAUUUCAAGCAUGUACUUUAUGAUAAUACAGGACCCAGGGUCUUCCAGAGACUGCAGGCAGCAACGAGGCAGGGUCCCCUCCACCCUGAAUGUCGAUGCUACAUAAUGCUGAGGGGGACAUAAUUUAUAGCACAAACCCUACGGCUUCCACUAAGGUUGAGUUUUCCUCUCCUUGCCUUUUUAUUGGCUUUACUGCACGGUUGCCAAUAGCAACAUCCACUGGUAGCAAAGGGAGUUCAACACCAUUGCAAUCUGCCAGACAGUGGAGGCCUGACAAUGUCAACCAUCAAUCAAAUAGCUGUUUGUAAUUGCCCCAUCUAUUUCUCCUGUCUCGAGGUAUCUUUCCCAUUGUGGGUCAAGAUUCAGAAACUGCUGACUAAUGUCCCGGGUCUGUUCCUCCAUGACUAUGGGGAAGUGCGAGAGAAGAUGGUAGCCUGCUUGGUGUCAAACCCUGGAGCUUAGAGUUUGGAAUUCCAGGGCUUAGAGGUAUUUUUAAAUUCCCUGCAAUUUCCUUCUCAUGAAACUGAGUCAUGUGCGCUCUCUAUUGUCGGCUUCUCCAAAGCACAGAGAGAGGCAACUUCCCAGUCUUUAUUUAUCACUGUUGUUUCUUGCUGCAGAAAGGCAUCUGAAAUAUAAGCCUUCUUCAAAAUAAGACUCGAACAGACAAGAUCAUCUCCUUCCUCGGGUCUUUAGGCAUGAACAGCUGCGAUGAGUCCAUCCUACUUUUGUAUGAGAUGUAUUUUUUUUUUCAGAAAUUAUUCAUAUUAGUGAGUAUGUGCUAAUCUGUGUACAAGCUACAACACAGCUGGAGAUCCUGAGGGCAGCUGGGCAACCAGCCAAAGGUACCCACCAGUACACGGCAGGACAGGACUCCAUCCUAGCUGGCCACCAACGGGCCUCUCGUUUUGGGAUUCUGUAACUCUGCAGGGUUUCUAACUGUUAAUUAAAAGCACCAACUUUAUUCAGUUUCUGCUUCUAAGGACCAAGCUAUGCUUUGCUUUGGAAAAUUCACCCAGGUCAUUUUCUUUUUACUUCUCAAAUAAAAUUGAAGCAAACCUGAGAAUCAUCUUCUCACUGAAGGAAGCAAAAAUUUACGCAUACAGGGAGCGGACACAGAACAACCUUCCUACAAAGUGUCUGAGCCUGCUUCUAACGAUCAUGAAUGAUGUAGCCAUCAGUACCUGCUCGUAAGUGUGUGUUCUCUUAGUUCAUAAAGAACAGCUUUCAGUUAUCUCAUAGCAUUGCAUCCCAUAUGGGAAUCAUUAGUUUAGAAGGGGAUUUAUAAAGAGAGCCAAGAAAAGUAAAAAUUGCACAUGCAUUUCCUGUUUCUGAAACCUGAAGGCCUACAUGCUUCUUAGUACUUUGGGUUUGCAAGUAUCUUGGAUUUAAAAUGAUCUUAGAUUUUUUUUAUUAGUUAGUGCAAUGACAGUAAUAUGUUUCUGGAAUUCCGUUGCCUUUUCUGUAUAUCAAAGUUUAGCUUAGUUCAGUGACUCAAGUCAUUAGACUGACUCUACUCAAUUUACUUUGCAGUACAAUUAUUUUUGAAAUCCAUUUCUCUUACUGACCCUGGUGAGUUAUAGAAAGACACACACACAAAAUUGUCGCUUCCAGUAAUAGAAACAAUUUCUCUCAAGUUCAUCAGAAAUCUAAACAUGCUUGGAAUAAAUUCAAAUAUAAAGAAAAAUGCAUUGGCAUGAGCCAGGAGAUGACAAAAUGAGUGACAAAAGCAAUAGAAUGUAACCUAAUUUGGGACCCUAAAACUCUGCCACACUUCCUUUAGUGAAUUCCUUAUUAUUCUGCCAUGUACUGUCAAUGGCUCCCAAACCCCAAUUAUACUAGGAAUUUAGAGGUUAAGUUUGGCUAUUAGUGGCCAAAGUAUCACACACUUCCUAAGUCAGCAGCUCUCGAUCCUAUGGUUCUAGAUCCCUUUGGGGGGGGGAGGGUCAGACGUCCUGCAUAUCAGAUAUUUACAUUAAAAAUUCAUAACAGGAGAAAAGUUACAGUUCUGAAGUGGCAAUGGGGAUAACUGUAUGGUUGUGGUCGCCACAGCAUGAGGUACUGUGUUAGAGUCGUGGUGUUAGGACGGUUGAGAGGUACUGCGCUAACUGAACAAUAGUAGAACACGGGGGGGGGGGGGGCAGAAAUAAACCAGGACCUGUCUGGAGAAUUUCAUGGGGGGCAUUAGCUCUAGCAGCACCCAAUGUCAUGCUCUCCUUGUCCAGGCACAACCCCCCCUCCACCUAGUGGUUUUGGAUUGUACAUACUUUGAUUUUGAAUGUCCUUGCAUGUCUGUGCAUCUCUCAGCAGCACUAAAGGCAAACUGUUCAUCUGUGUCAGUCUGUACCAAACAAUGUUUCUGAAUGCACACACUGGUGCAAGAAUAUUUGUUUUAGGAAGUAAAUGAACUGCUUGCUAUGGGGAAAAAACAAACAAACAAACAAAAAAACAAGUGUCUCUUUGAGGCUGUCCUUUGUCUGUGUUUGUUUCUGUGUCUGUGUGUGUGUGUGUGUGUGUGUGUGUGUUAUAGUGCUUAUUUUUCUUUUGCUCCGGUGUAGAUUUAAAUGAAAUCAUGUUUAGAGCAGUUUUAAAAUAUAGCACAGUGUGGAUAUAGAAGUCUAGUUAUUGCAUCCCGUUCCCUCAGAAGGCUGUCGCUUUAGCCAUUUUCUUUUGAUUUAUAAUUUUAAAAAGAUCCCCUAUUGACUUGUUUCCUGAUUAUUGUUGGUUCCACAGAAGAAGGGAAAGAUGUUGCCAUUUGGGUUGCGUGAAGCUCCUUUCUUUGUGUACUUCCCAGGCUAAUACUGUAUUGUAAGAAUACUUGCUUUAAUGCUGCUUGGCCAUUUCAGAAGCAACUACACAUGGCUUUGAAACGGGCUACUUAAAGAAAAAGAAAAGACUUCUUGUUUUUAAUAAAAUGCUUAAUGUUUAACUAA